AUAUGUCAAAUUCUAUUUCCAAGCUGAUUACAUCUUUGCAAUACUUAUUUUCAGAUCCUAAAACUGGCCCUGGCAAUAAGAAAAUGGAACCUGUCCAUUCUCAUAAACAGGCAUUCUAUGACAAUUCUAGCAAAAGUAAUUCAUGUGUUCACAGCAACCUCAAGUCUUUUACCUUCAAUGACCUCAAGAAUGCCACUAGGAACUUCCGAGCUGAUAGUCUUCUUGGCGAGGGAGGUUUCGGAUACGUCUUCAAAGGAUGGAUCGAUGAGAAUACGUUUGCUCCCUGUAAGCCAGGAAGUGGAAUGGUGGUAGCUGUCAAGAAACUUAAGCCUGAAAGUUUCCAAGGGCACAGAGAAUGGCUUGCAGAGGUUAACUACUUAGGACAGCUUCACCAUGAAAAUCUAGUGAGGUUAAUUGGAUAUUGCUCAGAGCUUGAUAACAUGCUUCUUGUUUAUGAGGUCAUGACAAAAGGAAGUUUGGAAAAUCAUUUAUUUAAAAAGGGAGUUCAGCUUAUACCUUGGGCUACACGAAUGUGUAUUGCAGUAGACGUUGCGCGAGGCUUGUCCUUCUUACACGGUCUUGAAGCAAAUGUUAUUUACCGCGAUCUCAAGGCUUCAAACAUACUACUAGAUUCAGAUUUCAAUGCCAAGCUUUCAGAUUUUGGACUGGCAAGAGAUGGUCCUAGUGGAGACAGAACUCAUGUCUCAACCAGAGUUAUAGGUACUAUGGGCUAUGCUGCACCAGAAUAUGUUGCAUCAGGUCACUUGACACCAAAGAAUGAUGUAUACAGUUUUGGGGUUGUUCUAUUAGAGUUGCUCUCCGGGAAACGAGCAACGGGUGAUGAAAAUGCAGGAGGGGUUGAUGAAACAUUGGUGGAAUGGGCAACACCAUUCCUAAGUGAUAACAGAAGAGUACUGAGAAUUAUGGACACAAGAUUAGGAGGACAGUACUCAAAGAAAGGUGCCCAAACUGCAGCUGCCCUUGCUCUGAGGUGCCUCGACGUCGAUCCGAAACUUAGGCCAACCAUGAAUGAAGUUCUAGCAACACUAGAGCUUGUGCAAGCACCAAAAAAUGUCACUAAUAAGAGUUCAGAACAGAUUAGACAAUGCAGAUGACAAGAUAAGUUCACCCUAUUCUCAUAGUUAUCAGUAGCAGGAGAAAUGUCCAUCAUGUGAAUAGUCAUUUACAGGGGUGCAUGGAUGACUAAUAUAUACAUAUAAAGGAUUUUUAUUCAGGAUAGCUGCCUUAAAAAUAAUAACCAAAAAUAUAUUGAAUGGAAGUUACUUUCCAAAUAGAAACAACAGAAGAAAAGAUGAGACCAUUGAGAAUAAUUAUAAACCUAUCUGUUCAGAAAAUGAGAAAAAAGGAAAAAAAGUGCUACCUUGUUUACUAGUUUCUCUUUAGAAACUAACCAUCUUGUCCUCAGAAUAAAAGAUUUACCAUACAUAUUUUUAUCCUUAUCUUUUUUUUUGUUUAUUAUCAGGCUCUAACAUAAAAUUCAAGGUAAAACUACGUACAAUAGACCUAACAGAGCCCUUCUCGGAUCCCAUGCAUACCAAGAGCUAAGUGCAC